AUAACGCGCGAAAUGAGAAAUGGAAGUAGACUGUAGACAUUCGUCGAUGGUUCUUUUACAGUAAACAAAAUUGCAGAAGAAGAAAAAAGAAAGAAAAAUCAACACUAUGGAGGAGCCACAGAACACAGAGACUGUGGGAGUGGAGGUGAUGGUGAAAGAGGUUGACUCACUAGAGAAGGCUGACUCAGGAAUGGAUGAGGACAGCCAACACUCUUCUGUACAGGACAAAUCAGAAACAACAAAUGCUGGAGAGAUAAGUGACAAUGACAAAAAUCCUGCUCUACGAUUAGAAGACAGUGACGAUAGUGAUGACGAAGACAUUACAAUAAAGCCAAAGAAGAGAAUGAAGACAAUAUUGGAUGAUGAGGAGGAGGAGGAGGAUUCCUCCAUUCCUGGUCCUUCAGAUGAGUCGAAAAACAAAAACAAGGUUGAAAAAACAGCAGAGGAAGUUUUGGAUGCUGUUCUCAACUCUAAUGAUACUGAUGAAGAUUCUGACAGUGAGAGUAGUGACAACGAGUCACUAAAGGCUGUCGCACAGAAGAAGAGAAAGAAGUUGCCGAUCCUGGAUGAGUCGAGCAAUGGUUCUAGUGUCUCAAGCAGAGGUACAGAAUCUGGGCCAUCCACUUCUGAGCAUAAGAAACCAGACUUUGGAAAUGGUGACUUGUUUGAUGCUGAGAGUGACAGUGAUCGUGACAGUGGAGAUGAACCAGCCCAGAGUAGCAAUGAUGAAGCUGAUGAUGAAGGCUUUGACGAAAGUACAAUCGACCCAAAACUGUUGAAGCAAUUAAAGAAGGGAGCAGCCAAAAAGGAGACUGUGCGGUCCAAAAGGAAGGCAAAAGAGGAGGCCAUUCUCAAUAUACAUAGUGAGACCCAAAGGAUGGUCAGAGAGUCUCGUGUAAGCAUUCCUUACCACAACCCCAGCCCCAGGCCGCUGCAGGACUUCCUGGGUCGUGCCUUACAGAAACAGCAGCAGUACAAAGCCUUGAAGGGGGCUAGUCACUCACGUAAAGCACAGUUGUGUGAGGAAGUUUUAUCUAAAACCAGAUUUUCCAGUCCAAAGUUAUCAUCCACUGAUUGCCAGGGUAUGGAGGUAGAUCUGUCGGUAGAUAGGCAAACUGCUGACAUAUCGGACAGUGCUCAGCCUACAGAAACUGGGGUACCACACACAGGGGCAGACAGUGACAAUGACAGUCUGCCAGAUCUUCAGUCACAUAGGGACAAACCUGGUCACAGUGAUAGUUGUCUUGAAAGUAAGUCAACAUGUGGACAAUCUGAGAGUAAGUCAACAUGUGGACAAUCUGGGGAACUUCAAAAGGAACCCAGCAACCUUGACUUCGAUGAAUUACCAGACUUAGUUAUAGAGGAAGAAACAACAAAUACCAAUAAAGUAGAGAAGCUCAAAAUGGAGUCGUCAUUCGAACUUCAAGGUAUUGAAGACUCGAAUAAAAAACCAGAUUCCGAUGUGUGUGAGCAGGACUUGUGUAAGGACAGCUGUGCCAUGGAGGUGUGUGACACCACAGACCAACCUAGUAGUGCUGUUAGUGGAGAUGUGGAUACUGAAGUGUCAAACAAAGAGGACACACCAAGUACAAAGCUGGCUAACCGGGGGACACUUGGUGACCUGUCGUCCCUCCCUCGCUUAAGUGGAGGACCCAACUCUUUCAUCAGUCUGGAUGAGGACAGUGGAGGCUCCACCCCCAAAAAUAGAGAAAUGUCAAUAUUUAUGGAGAGGUUUCUCAGACAUUCACAAAAGAAAGAAAAGAAGACAUCUGAUCAGGAUGUUCAGAUCAGUGUUGUACAAAAAGAAAAAAUGGCCCCUGACCGUGAGGAACUGAAGGAAAGCACAUUCACAUACCAUGCCACACCCAUUGAGGAUAACCCUCUUCUCAAACUGGACACGCCAGGAGCAAAGCUACUGGCUCUUAAGUCUCAACUGUCGGUGGUGAUGGCUCAGAAAAGGGAGAAGAAUCGGUUGAAGCACCAGCAGGUUUAUGACUUGGACAAUGAGGCAGGCUUUGAGGGAGAUGAGGAGGAGGCUUUACUAGAUGAUGAGGCAGAAAUGUCUGACCAUUCCGACACAGAUGUUGAAGAUGACGACUUUGAAGAACAGUUUGGAGAUGCUGAUGAAGAAUUGGAGCAGGAUGAGGAACCAAGAGAGAAGAAUCCGUUCAUGGAUGAUGAGGCUGAAGAAGAUGAGGAAAGCGAGAAAGAGGAUGGUGAUCUCAAUCUUAAGUUACAGUUGUCCGACAAUGAGGAAGAAGAGGAAAAAGAAGAAGAGGUAGUGAAGGCUAUGUCAACCAAGAAGAAAAGCAGAGUCCUGCAGAUCAGCGAUGACGAAGACAGUAAUGCUGUAGCCUGUUCGAUGGACUGUGCCCAGCGAUCCGCCAAAGAGGUGGAUAAUGUCCAGCAGUCGUCUGGUGUCGCAGACAAUGUCCAGCAGUCGUCUGGUGUCGCAGACAAUGUCCAGCAGUCGUCUGGGGUGGUAGACUACGACCAGAAGUCCACAGAUGCAAAGAGUAUUGAAACAGGGGUGUCAGCCUCUCAUUUUCUAGUACCCCACAGUCUGGAGGAGUCGCGGGCAGUGGAGGAGUUCUCUCCCUUCUCCAAACACCUGGCUUCCAUGUCAACUUCCCCAACACAGAAAAAGCGCAUGAACCUGCCCCCACCCAUUGAAGACUCCCAGGAUCUUUAUGGCAACAACCAAGCCCUGCCGCCGACACAGACACAGAGUGAGAUGCCCCUCUUCUACCUGGAGGAUUCUCAAUCACAAAUGUUAGAUGCUGAUGGGUUUUUGAAGGUUGGAUCAACAGGCAAGAAAAACGUGCGUUCAUUUACUCUAGGUAACACAGAUAAUGCAGAGUCAUCUGACAUGGAUGAACUAUUAGGGCUUUGCUCAGGACGAUUUGGUGCUACUCAGAGUGAGGAUAAGAAGUCCUGUAAGAGUCUGUUUGGAACCCAGCAAACACAGGGCAACAUGGACGAACUGCUGGGGCUCUGCUCCGGACAAUUCGCUGGCAGUGGUAAAAUGCCUCAGGAUUCACAGAAGACAGGAAUGAAGCGCAAGUUGCCAUUAGAUGAUGAUGAUGAAGAGGAGGAGGAGGAGGAGUUCAGGAUAGUGAGUGAUGAGGAAGAGAAGUUCGAUCAUAAUGACAAGAAUGAACUGAGUGACGAUGAAGAUGCAGGAGAAGGAAAUGACACAGAUAAUAUCGAGGACAGUGGAGAUGAAGUAGAUGGGGAGGCUCCUAGCAAGUUUACUGGCUUUACUGCUGGCAAUAAACAUGGACUUAUCAGGAAAGAUUUUGUAGAUGAGGAAGCCGAACUGUCAGGAAGUGAGUAUGACAGUGACGAAAACUUGGAUAUUGCUGAAGAGGACGACUUCAUGGAGAUGGAAGAGGGGGACAAAGAUGUGACUGUAGGAGAGGAGGAGCUCCGUAAUCAAGUCGGCCGUGCCCACUUGAAGCAGCUGAUCGAUGAGGAUAAGCGUGAAUUGAUGCGCUUUCAGGAGAUGUACCUGCAGGACGGGGACCUUCACUCGGAGGGGGCAGGGCGCAAACGACAGUUCAGGUGGAGGGACAUUGAUGAUGACACUCAACAAGACAUGUUUGGAAGUGAGUCUGAGGGGGAGAAGGAAGAUGAAGAGGGGGAGAAUGAACUCAGAUGGAGGAAAGAACGAUUUGAACGAGAGAAAUGGCUCAAGGAACAAAUGGAGCAAGAGAAGGAAGGAGAUGAAAGUCAGCUCUUCAAGUUUGGCAAAGUCUUCCUCAAGAGGAGAGAGUCUGACACCAGCAACAGCAGUAUCUCUGUACCCAGAACACCGACGGACCCAGACAUUGCCCCCAAGAGGAAGGACACACCUACUCCCAACCUCUUCAAACUAGCGGGACAGAAACGUGGCUCCUUUCUCAGCCGCGAUAAGGAUUCAUUAGCAAAGAUAGCUGAGUUUAACAAGGGCAGCAGUAUUCUGAAUACAGGUGGUCCGAGAAACUCUCGUAAUCUCACCUUUCAAGUCAUCUCUCCAGGGAAGGAUAAAGAAAACAAGUCUGGAACUAAGGUCUCAAGUGAGAAGCCUACAUUAGGUCCAAGGGUGAGGAAAGCUCAUACUCCUAACACUAAAAAUACACCAGCAGCCAAGAAACCUCGGUUAGAGAAAAAGGACUCGUCAUUCUCACAGAACAGUAUCUUCAACCACAUCUGAGAGCAUACCAUCUUGGUUAGAGGAAAAGGUGUUUUGAUUAUCUCAAAGUAGUAUCAGCAACCACACCUGAAUGGUCUGAUAGAGUGGUUAUGGUGUAGAACUGUGAGAAGAAUAUUCCAGGUCUAUUGGAAACAGAUCUAGAGGUAUACAAACUGUAAGGGGAAUAUCUCAGGUCUGAUGGAAAUGGAGGUGUCAACACUGUAAGGGGAAUAUCUCGGGUCUGAUGGAAAUGGAGGUGUCAAAACUGUAAGGGGAAUAUCUCAGGUCUGAUGGAAAUUGAGUUGUCAAAACUGUAAGGGGAAUAUCUUGGGUCUGAUGGAAAUGGAGGUGUCAAAACUAAGGGAAAUAUCUCAGGUCUGAUGGCAAUGGAGGUUAAGAAACUGUAAGGGGGAUAUUCCAGGUCAGAUGGAAAUAGAGGUGUAUAUUUAGGGCUAGACAUUAAGGGUAGCCCGAUAUUCUGAGACUAGUCAAAAUUUGAUAAUGUUUAUCUUGUUGAAUAAUAUUGUGUUUAGUGGAAUUUGCACAAUGACUAGUAAAAGAUAUUAAGUCCCUAGUCCCCCAAAAUUUCCCUGGGCUUGCCGCGCCUUAGUUAUAAAUAUUGCAUGAUGAAGGAGGCAAUUAUAUGGCAGAAACAGAAACAUAAAAUGGAUACUACUAUCCCAGUUGGACAGUGAGGGGGGAUAUCCUAGGUCUGAUGGAAUUGGAGGUGUAUUGUGUUGGACAGGGAGGGGGAUAUUUCGGGUCUGAUGGAAAUGGAAGUUUUGGUGGUAGCUGUUGGUGUUAAGUGAAACACAGUUGACCGUUGGUUAAACUAAGUAUUGGUGGUAUAUGUAGCUGUCAGUGUGUUGAUGCAGUGUAGUUGACCGUUAGUUAAAUUCAGUUUUGGUGGUAGCUGUUCAUUAUUUGGUACACUGCUAUUUUCCAUUGGUUGAGCUAAGUGUUGGUCGUAGCUGUAGGUGUUUGGUACAGGACAGUUGACCAUUGGUUAAACUAAGUGUUGGUUGUAGCUGGAUGUGUUAAACUGUUUGGUACAGGGCAGUUGACCAUUGGUUAAACUAAGUAUUUGCGGUAGCUGUAGGUGUUUUGAUACAGUGCAGCUGACAGUCUAUUAAGCUAGAUAUUAAUGGCAGCUGUUCGUUAUUUGUAUAGCAUAUUGAUAUUUUAGAAACCAUAGUUUUGUUUACCUAUCAGAAUUUAGUAUAGCAUACUUAACAAUUGGUGUCACUUUCUGUAUGUUUGUAUAAAAUCAAUCAUGGGUGAGCUUAUUCAGCAGCAUGCUGGGGAAUGAACAAAUCUAAAAUGUUUUGAGAAUUUUUAUAUCUAAUGUUUAAUGUAAAAACACAUUUUAUAGAAAUUGUAAUUUAUAAAGGUACAUAACAGUGUGCUGAGUACUUGUAUUUAUAGUAUUUUGUCUUAAAUUAUGUGUAAAAUAAUGAGUGACUAAACAAAUUACAUCUUCUGCUUAAACAUUUAUUUAUAGUGUAUAAAUGUAGUUUUGUAAUAUUGUGUACAUAAUAAUAUAUUAAUUUUACUCGACAGAAUUUGUUCUGAUUUCUUAAUGGUAAGGUCACUUGCCACCAUGAAAAUUUGUAAAUUGUAAGCAGGCAAUAGGCUAUAUGUUUAUGGACGAAGAGAUUCCCAGCCAUUACUGGUUGAUUUUCAUGCUUGUCUAACUCUAAUUGACAAAUUGCAAAUAGCAAAAAAAAAAGUUUUACCAGGUGUCUUUUUAUAAUUUGAAAAUCGACUAAAAUGAUUUAGAAACACAAAACCAAUGUUGUAAGUUUAGGGAACCUUCUUAUCCCUACUACUGUUAUGUCUGGAAAAGCCUUGUUUCUCUUGGAAACACUAUUUUGGUUCUUGAUUGAGGAAAUAGUUGCUGUAAGUCAGGAUUUACGGGAAGAUGAGUGGCAGAUCAUUGUUAUGAGACAUUAAAUAUUUACAGAUUCCAUGUUUAUGCUAGUGUUUUAGGUGUGAGGAAACCUAGAAAAGUCAGGGGGAAAUCUUUGCUUAUUAUAAGAAGAUCUGUAGAGUUAUCAAUGUAAAUUAAGUUUUGGAAAUUUAAAAUUAAUUAUUGUGAAGUAGACAGAAAUUGUGCUACGUAAGUGUGAGUGUUCUAAAUCAGUUAAUUUUAUGUUGAUCAUAAUAGCAUAUGGUGAACGUUGAGGAAUGUUUAUGUUGUAAUAGUUUUGUAAUUUAAAUGAUAGAAGUUUGUAGAUGUGUUUUUGUUGGCAUUUCCUAUGAGAAUGAAGAUAAACACUGUGUGGGGCUGUAUAUAGAAUAUGAUUAUAACUCAAUGACAAUUUUUUUACAAAAAAUCGUAAUUCAAAAAAAUUCCUAUAUUCAAUUAAUAGCUAUUAAAAAACACAUAUUUUGCAUACAAUUUGCUCAUCGGUAUUCAAAGCUUGAUUGAUAAUAAAAAGAAUUUGGAUAAAAUGAAAGUGUUAAAGCAAUAUGAAGGUGAAUUAAAACAUGGAUCAAGACAUUUUUGUGUGUGUGAAUGAAGUGAAGUGAAAUGUAAGGUGUGUGAUUUCUGUGAGAGUUUGAAUGGUUUAUACCACGUCCCUGGUUCCAUAUAAAAUAUUAUAAAAUGA